CAUGCCAGGCAGGGGGCGGAUCUCUGACGUUUUAUUGCGUAGAAUUAUUAAUAUUACAUAACUAAUAACAGUUUAUUUAAAUACUUAUGCAUGUUCAAAACUCUCUAUUUUAGAAAAGAAUAUCUUAUUUAAAUAAAAAUGUUGUUACGCUUCAUAAUAAAGGUUUUACAAAACAGAAUGUGGGCGUGACUGUAGCGACGAGGAGGCGGGGCAGAUCAGGAAAAAAACUGACGUCAUCGUCCCAGAGUACAGGACUGUGUGUCAGACUCAGAGUACAGCGGAGUUUGUGGAGUUUAAGCACCGGCGUAUCAGCUGGAAAUGCACCGUUCAUUUGGCCACAGAGUGUGAAGGACAUUUUUUCGCUCUGUAACUGGAUCCAGACCAGCGUUGUUGUUUCGUCGCGGCGGCGGUAGAAUUAAUCCAUAACAACACACAGGUCUGCAGAUGGGUCAGGGCCUGUGGAGGGUGGCGAGGAACCAGCAGCUGCAGCAGGAGUACAGCGAGCAGUGUUAUCUCCAGCGCAGCGAGCGUCGACGCAGGAUGGCAGCGCUGCUGAACGAGACGCCGUCGCAAGUGCGCCGCACGCCACAGUGUCACGCCGACCUCGGGCACCUGCUGCGCGCACGGAGGUCUAAAGAGGAGCAGGGCUUUAUUGACUUGGACAUGUUGCCCCCAGAGCUCAGCAUCACCAUCCUGUCCUACCUGAACGCCACAGACCUGUGUCUAGCCUCCUGCGUCUGGCAAGACCUGGGCAACGACGAGUACCUGUGGCAGGGCUUGUGUAAGUCCACUUGGGGUCACUGUUCCAUCUACAACAGGCUCCUUCCCCUCGGCUUCUCCUACAGAAAACUCUACAUGCAGCUCGAUGAAGGAAGUCUGACGUUCAAUGCUAACCCUCAGGAGGGAAUCGCUUACCUCAUGUCCAAAAGCAUUCUCAUGGACCAUCCGAAGGAAAUCGCCAAGUUCAUAUUCUACACCCGAAUGCUGAAUUGGAAGAUGCUGCGUAUUUAUCUCGAUGAACGCCGUGACGUCCUGGACGAGCUGGUCACACUACACAACUUCAGUAACCAGUUCCUUCCCAACGCGCUGAGGGAUUUCUUCAGACACAUUCACGCGCCCGAGGAGCGCGGCGAGUACCUGGAGACGCUCAUCACCAAGUUCUCACACCGUUUCUGUGCCUGUAACCCCGCGCUGGUGAGGGACGUCGGCCUCACGCCUGAUGCCGUGUACGUGCUGUGCUACUCGCUCAUCCUGCUCUCCAUCGACCUGAGCAGCCCGCACGUGAAGAACAAGAUGUCCAAGCGCGAGUUCAUCCGCAACACGCGCCGCGCCGCACAGAACAUCAGCGAGGACUUUGUGGGUCACCUGUACGACAACAUCUAUCUGAUCGGCCACGUGGCUGCCUAGCAGAUCGCACACACACACAUAUGCACAUGUACGCACACUGGCCAAUAUAACACUCGGCCUUGGCACUGAUGCAAAUUCUACUCAUACGAAGGAGUCAGACGCGCCCUAACACAGGUGAAGAGAUGUUCAUUAGAAUACGGUAGUGUAGGAAAGAUACACACACACACACACACACACACACCAACACAGGUCGCCUUAAGCAACUCGAGGCAGAAAAGGGUAGCGACGCACUCGCAGAGCCAUGUAGCCACACAAACUAAAUGCAGCCGUGUUAUUAUACGUCCGUUUUAAUCUCCGAACUUCAAAUCUGACCCGAGUCUCUUCGCUCAACAUUAUUACGUUUGGUCUGGUUAUGAAGUCUACGAGCGAGAUGACUUUUCCACUCAGCGUCUGUCUAGUUCUCAUUUACUUUAUAUCCGUCGAUUCUGGUGCACCCACAAAAAAGAAAUCUGGUUUGUUCUGGAUGGAAUAACACGAAGAGCCUUUUUAUUUUAUUUUUUUCACCUGUGAUGAUGAAGAUGUACAAAAUUGAAUCAUUUAAGAAGAAGAAAAAAAGAAGAAAUCUUGCACUUGGUCCCUUGAUAAACUCUUUGCGCUUGAAUGUCCGCAGUCUGAAGGGUGUCGCAGCUCUCCGUGUUCCAUCCCGAGCUCAGGUCCGUCUUCCUCCACCUGGUCCUCUGGAUUCCUCGUUUACUCGCACGCCAGGACGUGAACGUGUGUAUGUGUGCGCGCGCUGGCGCCUCGUACAGGCUGCAUGCCUGUAAGCCUCACACCCAGCGUUCCCUGGGUAGACUCCAGCCCCGGGAUGAAGCACGUCUUGAAGAUCCCUUUAUCCAGAAUAAACAUCAUUUUCUUUUCUGUCUUUAUUUUUUUAAAGCUCAUAGUUCAUUUAAGACUGAUGAACUGAGUAACACUUGCUUUAAUUAGCUGUCUAACACCACCGUGUGUGUGUACGCGUGUCUGUGUGUAGGCGUUGCUCCCUAACGAGGACAGGAAUGUGCCGCCUCGCCCCCGCUGCCUGUAUAAACCCCCUCCAGCCCCCCACCCACCCACCGUCCGCUUCAGCUGUGUAACCAGAGCGAAUCUCUCACACUGUUACUGUUAGGUUGUUGAUCAAGAGCACUUUAACCCAAGGAGAUAUUUUUUAUUUGUAUUAAUAUUGUUAUAUCAUAUUAUAUAUAUAUAUAUAUAUAUAUAUAUAUAUAAUGUUAUUUUGAAUUUGAGGUUACUGCGCAUCUGAAGUAGCUCCACAGUAGUGCCAAUAGCAACCCUGACGUGUGGAAGCCGCAGUAACUAUUACUCGUUCGCAUUAUAUAGCAGAAACAGAUAUGAAUAAUACGACUUGUUUUAUUUGCACAUUAUGUAUAUAUUUAAGUAUAGAGAUUUAUAUAGAAAAAUAAUUUUAUUUUUAAAUAUUUUAGCCUUUUUUUUUUGAUGGUUUUCCCUGGUAGGUUUUGGUAGGGUGAAUUCUCUUUUUGCACUUAUGACAUUUUUGCCACGUGUCUCUCUCUCUCUCUCUCUCUCUCUCUCUCUCUUUCUCUUGCUCUCUCUAGUUCUUUUUCUCUCACACACCACACACCAG